GCUCUGAUCAAGUCAGUCAUGUGAUUUCUUUGUACUGAAGCUGAGUCAGAAAAGCAUCGACGAUUUUGUUCCAAUUAAAGCAAGAAAAUAAGUAAUUGACGGGGGAAUAAAAUACAUUUCCACCAUGGCGGAUGACUUGAAGAGAUACUUGUACAAACAACUACCAAGUGUUGAAGGUCUUCAUGCAAUCGUAGUGACAGACAGGGAUGGUGUCCCAGUUAUCAAAGUGGCGAAUGAUAACGCACCAGAAUAUGCACUACGGCCAGGCUUCCUCUCCACCUUUGCAUUGGCCACCGACCAGGGCAGUAAGCUAGGGCUCUCCAAAAACAAGAGCAUCAUCUGCUACUAUAACACAUACCAGAUUGUGCAGUUUAACCGAUUACCAUUGGUGAUCAGUUUCAUUGCAAGCAGUACUGCCAACACAGGUUUGAUCAUCAGUCUGGAGAAAGAGCUCGUACCACUAAUCGAAGAGCUACGGCAGGUAGUGGAGGUUGCAUAGGAGUAUCACCUUGACAACAAAAGGACUGUUCUGUGGCAGAAUCACAAGAUUGUGAUCAGAUCAUGAAAAAGGAAACUGACAUCUUUUUAAUAUCUCUAUCACACACACAGAUGUCAGUCUUGCCGCAACAGAGCCAUGUUGUUUGAUAGUGUCUUGAUGCUGUACUGUUUGUCCUUCAUGUUCUAAUACUUGAAUGUAACCCCUUCCUUACUUGUGUUUUUUGUAAUUAAACUGUGUGACUCUUA